AUGCCUACUAUCUCUGUAAACAAGAAGCAGUUAUUCGAAUUGUUGGGGAAGAACUACACCAAUGAAGAAUUUGAUGAACUAUGUUUCGAAUUUGGUGUUGAAUUAGAUGAAGACACUACCGAAGAAGCUUUGAAGAAUGGUGAAGAACCGGAAUUAAAAAUUGAAAUUGGUGCUAACCGUUAUGAUUUACUUUGUAUUGAAGGUAUCGCCCAAUCUUUAAACGAAUUCUUGGGUAGAGCUGAAACUCCUGAAUACAAAUUAAGCAAGCCAACUACCAAACUCUACAUCGAGGAACCAACUUCCCAAAUCAGAAGUUACGCAUGUGCUGCCAUCUUGAGAAACUUGACUUUCACCGAAGCUAACUAUGCUUCUUUCAUUUCUCUACAAGAUAAGCUUCACUCUAACUUAUGUAGAAACAGAACUUUGGUUGCUAUUGGUACUCACGAUUUGGAUACUAUUAAGGGUCCUUUCCAUUACAGAGCUCAAAAGCCAACUGACAUUAAGUUCGUCCCUCUCAAUCAGACCAAAGAGUACAAUGGUGCUGAGUUGAUUGAAUUGUACAAGCAACCAGAACAAAAGAAUAACUUGGGACGUUUUGUUCAUAUCAUUGAGAAUUCUCCAGUUUACCCAGUUAUCUAUGACGAUAACGGUGUCGUUUGUUCUCUACCACCUUUGAUUAACUCUGAGCACUCGAAGAUUACUUUAGACACCAAAAAUGUCUUCAUUGAAGUCACUGCUACCGAUAGAACAAAGGCUGAAAUCGUGUUGGAACAAAUUGUCGCGAUGUUCUCUCGUUACUGUGCAGAACAAUUUACUGUUGAACCAGUGGAAAUUGUUUCUGAACACAACAAUGAAUCAAGGAUUACUCCAAAUGUUAAGCCAAGAACUAUGGAUGUUAAGGUGGACUACAUAAACUCUUGUCUAGGACUCACUCUUUCUCCAGAGGAAAUUUCAAAAUACUUGAAAAAGUUAUCUUUGAAAGCAACUCCAUCCGCAGAAGACAAGAACAUCUUACAUGUUGACAUUCCAAUUACCAGAUCUGAUAUUCUUCAUCCAUGUGAUAUUAUGGAGGAUGCUGCUAUUGGUUAUGGUUACAACAGUUUGCCAAAGGGUAACCAAUUGUCUAAUGCAAACUUUGUUGCAUCACCAUUGCCUAUCAACAAAAUCUCUGAUAUUCUAAGGAUCGCUUCCUCUCAAGCUUCAUGGUUAGAAGUUUUGCCAUUAACGCUUUGUUCCCAUGAUGAAAACUUCAAAAACUUAAGGAUUGAAGAUGAUAACACAAAGGCUGUUAAAUUAGCUAACCCAAAGACCUUAGAAUACCAAGUUGUGAGAACUAGUUUAUUGCCAGGUAUCCUGAAAACUGUUAAGGAAAACAGAAAGCAUUCCUUGCCAAUCAAGGUCUUUGAAACUGGUGAUAUCGUCCUAAAGGAUGAUAAGCUAGAAAGAAAAGCUUUCAAUCAACGUCAUUGGGGUGCCAUUUACGUUGGUAAAACCGCGUCGUUUGAAAUCAUACAAGGUCUACUAGGAAAAAUCAUGCAAACUUUCAGAACUCAGUGGCUUCCUGAUUACGGUGCAAACUCAACAGGUAGAGGUUAUUGGAUUGAAAAGGAUGAAUCAUUGAAGACUUACUUCCCAGGUAGAGGCGCUAAAAUCAUGUUUAGACACAAGGAAGGUGAACAAGCUAAGGAAAUUGGCCACAUUGGUGUUUUGCACCCCGAAGUUAUGAUUAAUUUUGAUAUCCCUUAUGCUGGUUCUUACGUCGAGCUUAAUGCUGAGGCUUUCUUAUAG